UCUCUCCAUCUCUCCAUCUCUCAUCCCUCCAUCUCUCCAUCCCUCCAUCUCUCAAUCCCUCCAUCUCUCCAUCUCUCAAUCCCUCCAUCUCUCCAUCCCUCCAUCUCUCCAUCUCUCCAUCUCUCCAUCUCUCCAUCCCUCCAUCUCUCCAUCUCUCAAUCCCUACAUCUCUCCAUCUCUCCAUCUCUCCAUCUCUCCAUCCCCCAUCCCUCCAUCUCUCCAUCCCUCCAUCCUCCAUCUCUCCAUCUCUCCAUCCUCCAUCUCUCCAUCUCCCUCCCCAUCUCUCCAUCCCUCCAUCUCUCCAUCUCUCCAUCUCUCAAUCCCUCCAUCUCUCCAUCCCUCCAUCUCUCCAUCUCUCCAUCUCUCCAUCCCUCCAUCUCUCCAUCUCUCCAUCUCUCCAUCCCUCCAUCUCUCCAUCUCUCCAUCCCUCCAUCUCUCAAUCCCUCCAUCUCUCCAUCCCUCCAUCUCUCCAUCUCUCAAUCCCUCCAUCUCUCCAUCUCUCCAUCUCUCCAUCCCUCCAUCUCUCAAUCCCUCCAUCUCUCCAUCUCUCCAUCUCUCCAUCCCUCCAUCUCUCAAUCUCUCAAUCUCUCCAUCUCUCCAUCCCUCCAUCUCUCCAUCUCUCCAUCUCUCCAUCCCUCUGUCCUUCCAUCCCUCUGUCCUUCCAUCCCUCUGUCCUUCCAUCCCUCUGUGCUUCCAUCCCUCCAUCCUGGGUGGUUGUCAAUUAAUUCGAGGCCCAGUGGCCUCAAUGAGCAGAGACCGUUCAGAGUUAUAAUUCAUUAAAAACACAGGGUGUUCAUUUGUUUGAGCAGCAGCUGUUCAAAUUGUCAACGUCAUGAAGGUUGUAAAGCUCCCUUAUAUACCAUUCACCACCAAUGAUCUUCUGUCCCAUGGCUGCUGUUGCUAGCCUCUCAAGACAGAGGGUGAUCAAUAGACGCUAUUGUCUAUUGAGAAUACAAAAUGGUGGAUUUGUAAAGUCGGGCCUGUACCCCGGCUGUGUAAUCUCUCUCCUUUUCCAAAUGAUUGGUUAUCGCAGGCCCAACAGCAUCAAAUUGAUUUUUAUUUCAGAAGAACUGAGGGCAGGAAAGGGAGAUGGAGACAGUAUAAUUGGGGUGUGGAGGGGGGAAGGAGGAGGGGGACGCCUCUUUUGUAUUGCCUGUGUUGACUCAUGGUAGCUCAUUUGAAACACAAUAGUGGCAGAAGAAGAAAGAAGACUUUGACUAUUUGGAAGUCACAGUGUGCUGUGGCUAGACUAGACUGGGUUUGAACGCAUAGGAGGCUGAGCUUAGUAGUAGCUGUGAUAGGAUAAAUCAUUUGGAAUGUAACGGAGCCAUGUCUUAUUCUGUGUAUUCUACAUGAGCAACUUGAUAUGAUAUAUCUGUUCUUGAUUAAAAUAUUGCAAUACAAGGAGCAGCAACAAAACAUGCUGAAAAGAAUUCGACAAAAUGAUCAUAUUACUCAUGAUACUUGCAGCGGGAUUGGUCUCCAAAUCUCUCUUUCCAAUAUCCAUGAACAGGCAGCAAUGAUAUAAUCUUAUCCUUGAGCUGGCCGCAGCAGCCUAUUACUGUGAAGUAUCGCUAGCGCUGGUCCAGGGCGUUAGUGCACAACGCAUCCAUUGGAGGAACGUGCACUAACGCCCUGGACCAGAGCUAGAAUACCACACUCAUCAUCAUGUCACCCAGGAGGCUCAGCAGCAUAUCCCCCGGCUGGUCAAAGCAGAGGUUCUUUCCAAUUGACAUUGUCAAUGGUAAAAGUUUGAUCUUACACAUAAAGGAGUGAGACUUUGCAGAACAUUGAGAUUCCAAUUAGUGCAUGAGGGCAGUGAUAAACGACUAUGCUUUUUAACAUCAAUGAGCUUUGGCCAAAAUCUCAAGUCUUCUAUUUACUCUAAAGUAUAGUCCCUUUUUUUCAGUUCUUUUUUUAUUAGCUAUAAAAAAUGUAUCCCUCAUGUGUGUGUGCAUGCGUCGGUGGAUUGGGGUUGGGGUAAAAAUCUAAACCCAAAUUUCUGUAAGGAAAAUAUAAAAGACAAAGUAUUCUGAAAUGAUGACAAACAAACACCUUUGAAAAUGUCAACACUUGUCAACACUUGUCUCCUGAGUGGCGCAGUGGUCUAAGGCACUGCAUCGCAGUGCUAACUGUGCCACUAGAGAUCCUGGUUCGAAUCCAGGCUUUGUCGCGACCGGGAGACUCAUGGGCGGCGCACAAUUGGCCCAGGGUAGAGGAGGGAAUGGCCGGCAGGGAUGUAGUUCAGUUGAUGGAGCAUGGCGUUUGCAAUGCCAGGGUUGUGGGUUCGAUUCCCACGGGGGGCCAGUAUAAAAAAAAUAUAUAUGUAUUCACUAACUGUAAGUCGCUCUGGAUAAGAGCGUCUGCUAAAUGAUGACUUCCUGUGUUUUGAUAGCUGAGGCAUCUCCCUCAUUCCAUUCCAUCAGAUUGAGUGCAAUAACUAUUUUUGUUGUAUCCUUUUCAUGCAUGUCUUUGUUGGCGGCAUAACAACUACAGUAUCAAUCAUCAAGCUCAAGUCUCCAUCCAGACUGACUCUGAUGAAUCAUGAUGACAUUUCUUCCAAUGUUGUCUCUGUUUCUGAUUGGUCGUUUCACUCAAGUCUUCCUCUUUUUGAUUCCAUUUGAGCCAACUUUGAGUGAUCUGUUAUGCGUGGUUUAUCUGAAUUAGAUCCCUUAGCCUCCCAACAAUGAUCCCAGAUCAGACCUUAGUCUCCCAACAGUAAUCCCAGAUCAGACCUUAGUCUCCCAACAGUAUUCCCAGAUCAGACCUUAGUCUCCCAACAGUAAUCCCAACAGAUCAGACCUUAGUCUCCUAACAGUAAUCCCAGAUCAGACCUUAGUCUCCCAACAGUAAUCCCAGAUCAGACCUUAGUCUCCCAACAGUAAUCCCAGAUCAGACCCAGAUCAGACUUUAGUCUCCCAAAAGUAAUCCCAGAUCAGACCUUAGUCUCCCAACAGUAAUCCCAGAUCAGACCUUAGUCUCCCAACAGUAAUCCCAGAUCAGACCUUAGUCUCCCAACAGUAAUCCCAGAUCAGACCAUAGUCUCCCAACAGUAAUCCCAACAGAUCAGAUUUUAGUCUCCCAACAGUAAUCCCAGAUCAGACCUUAGUCUCCCAACAGUAAUCCCAACAGAUCAGACCUUAGUCUCCUAACAGUAAUCCCAGAUCAGACCUUAGUCUCCCAACAGUAAUCCCAGAUCAGACCUUAGUCUCCCAACAGUAAUCCCAACAGAUCAGACCUUAGUCUCCCAACAGUAAUCCCAGAUCAGACCUUAGUCUCCCAACAGUAAUCCCAGAUCAGACCUUAGUCUCCCAACAGUAAUCCCAACAGAUCAGACCUUAGUCUCCUAACAGUAAUCCCAGAUCAGACCUUAGUCUCCCAACAGUAAUCCCAGAUCAGCCCUUAGUCUCCCAACAGUAAUCCCAGAUCAGACCUUAGUCUCCCAACAGUAAUCCCAGAUCAGACCUUAGUCUCCCAACAGUAUUCCCAGAUCAGACCUUAGUCUCCCAACAGUAAUCCCAGAUCAGACCUUAGUCUCCCAACAGUAAUCCCAGAUCAGACCAUAGUCUCCCAACAGUAAUCCCAACAGACCAGACUUUAGUCUCCCAACAGUAAUUACAGAUCAAACCUUAGUCUCCCAACAGUAAUCCCAGAUCAGACCAUAGUCUCCCAACAGUAAUCCCAACAGAUCAGACUUUAGUCUCCCAACAGUAAUCCUAAAUCAAACCUUAGUCUCCCAACAGUAAUCCCAACAGAUCAGACCUUAGUCUCCCAACAGUAAUCCCAGAUCAGACCAUAGUCUCCCAACAGUAAUCCCAACAGAUCAGACCUUAGUCUCCCAACAGUAAUCCCAACAGAUCAGACCUUAGUCUCCCAACAGUAUUCCCAGAUCAGACCUUAGUCUCCCAACAGUAAUCCCAGAUCAAACCUUAGUCUUCCAACAGUAAUCCCAGAUCAGAACUUAGUCUCCCAACAGUAAUCCCAACAAUCAAACCUUAGUCUCCCAACAGUAAUCCCAGAUCAGACCUUAGUCUCCCAACACUAAUCCCAACGAUCAAACCUUAGUCUCCCAACAGUAAUCCCACAUUUUACAGUUCUUCUAUACGCACGUAUCUCUCAAAUACUUUAUUCCGUCCUUGUAGCCCAUCUGGCCACCUGUCCAUGUGUGUCCCUUCUAGUUCUAAGGAGUCGAGAGGAUAAAAUAAUGUCUAUAAUAGAGAAUGAUAUGUUAUUGAAAGAAGAUGUGCUCCUCUGUGCCGUUAUUCAUUUGCCAAUUAUGUAAAGUACCAUUUCAAUACAUUUGCAUUUUAGAUAGAUAGAUAGAUAGAUAGAUAGCAUUUUUACAUGUUGUACUUAGUAGGGACACAGUCGAAGAUAAGCAUUGUCAUUCAAGUCACUUGUGUGCAUGCGUGUGUGGGUACGUGUGUGUGCGUAUGUGUUUGCAGUUAAUUUUUUCUUUACAAGCGAUACCGCAAGUCAGACCUCUGAAAUACAAUGCCGUAAAUCAGGGGUUGCCGCGUCCUGGAGGCGUCUGUUCACUUAUUGGGGGUUUCUCCCCUCUGACCUUCUCUUCUAAUGCAUUUAGAGAAGGAGGUGAGGAGAGAGGAUGCGAGGAAUGAAGUGUUUGUAAUUGAGAUUCACCCGUCAGAUCAUCAUGCAAUGUGAAGGACAUUAAUCAUACUCAGUGGAUUCCUUUGAAUAAAACAACCAUCUUUCUGUUUAGCCGUAUAUAUACAUUGCCUAGUGAAAUGUCCGUCAAUGACUCCUAACUAAAUUUCCUGAGCUUGAGCAAUUUUCACAAAAACAUUGGAUAUACAGUGCAUUCGGAAACUAUUCAGACCCCUUUACUUUUCCCACAUUUUGUUACGUUACAGUCAUAUUCUAAAAUGGAUUAAAUUGUUUUUUCCCUCAUCAAUCUACACAGGAGGCGUCUGUUCACUUACGUCACGUGUCAAACUCAUUCCACGGAGGGCUGAGUGUCUGCGUGUUUUUGGUUUUUCAUUUCAGUUAAGACCUAGACAACCAGGUGAGGGGAGUUCCUUACUAUACAGUGCAUUCGGAAACUAUUCAGACCCCUUUACUUUUCCCACAUUUUGUUACGUUACAGUCAUAUUCUAAAAUGGAUUAAAUUGUUUUUUCCCUCAUCAAUCUACACAGGAGGCGUCUGUUCACUUACGUCACGUGUCAAACUCAUUCCACGGAGGGCUGAGUGUCUGCGUGUUUUUGGUUUUUCAUUUCAGUUAAGACCUAGACAACCAGGUGAGGGGAGUUCCUUACUAAUUAGUGACCUUAAUUCAUCAAUCAAGUACAAGGGAGGAGUGAAAACCCACAGACACUCGGCCCUCCGUGGAAUGAGUUUGGCACGUGACGUAAGUGAACAGUUAACCUUUACUGGUUUUUACUGGAUGUGAUAGAUCAUUUUCUUUAUCUGGACAGCAUAAUGUAAUUACAGCAAAGUACUUACACUCAGCUACAAAACAUAUUCAUAUUUCUUAGAAUUACUUUGACAGGCUAAUACAGCUGUCAGUCUGUGGCACCAUUAUCUGGCCGAUAUCGCCCUCUAGUGUUGGAGGAUCAUUCAAACAACUGCAGAGACUCAGGGUGGAUCUAAAUUGUAUUUAUUUUAUUCCUCAUGUCCUCUCCUCGCAUUGGGGGUUUCUCCCCUCUGACCUUCUCUUCUAAUGCAUUUAGAGAAGGAGGUGAGGAGAGAGGAUGCGAGGAAUGAAGUGUUUGUAAUUGAGAUUCACCCGUCAGAUCAUCAUGCAAUGUGAAGGACAUUAAUCAUACUCAGUGGAUUCCUUUGAAUAAAACAACCAUCUUUCUGUUUAGCCGUAUAUAUACAUUGCCUAGUGAAAUGUCCGUCAAUGACUCCUAACUAAAUUUCCUGAGCUUGAGCAAUUUUCACAAAAACAUUGGAUAUACAGUGCAUUCGGAAACUAUUCAGACCCCUUUACUUUUCCCACAUUUUGUUACGUUACAGUCAUAUUCUAAAAUGGAUUAAAUUGUUUUUUCCCUCAUCAAUCUACACACAAUACCCCAUAAUGACAAAGCAAAAACAGGUUUUUAGACAUUUUUCCAAAUGUAUUAAAAAUAAAUAACUGAAAUAUCACAUUUACGUAAGUAUUCAGACCCUUUACUCAGUACUUUGUUGAAGCACCUUUGACAGCGAUUACAGCCUCGAGUCUUCUUGGGUAUGACGCUACAAGCUUGGCACACCUGUAUUUGGGGAGUUUCUCCCAUUCGUCUCUGCAGAUCCUCUCAAGCUCUGUCUGGUUGGAUGGGGAGCGUCGCUGCACAGCUAUUUUAUGGUCUCUCCAGAUAUGUUAGAUCGGGUUCAAAUCCGGUCUCUAGCUGGGCCACUCAAGGACAUUCAGAGACUUGUCCCGAAGCCACUCCUGCGUUGUCUUGGUUGUGUGCUUAGGGUCAUUGUCCUGUUGGAAGGUGAACCUUCUCCCUAUUCUGAGGUCCUGAGCACUCUGGAACAGGUUUUCAUCAUGGAUCUCUCUGUACUUUGCUCUGUUCAUCUUUCCCUCGAUCCUGACUAGUCUCCCAGUCCCUGCCACUGAAAACAUCCCGACAGCAUGAUGCUGCCACCACCAUUCUUCACCAUAGGGAUGGUGCCAGGUUUCCUCCAGACGUGACGCAUGGCAUUCAGGCCAAAGAGUUCAAUCUUGGUUUCAUCAUACCAGAGAAUCUUGUUUCUCAUGGUCUGAGAGUCCUUUAGGUGCCUUUUGGCAAACUCCAAGUGGGCUGUCAUGUGCCUUUUACUGAUGAGUGGCUUCCGUCUGGCCACUCUACCAUAAAUGCCUGAUUGGUGGAGUGCUGCAGAGAUGGUUGUCCUUCUGGAAGGUUCUCCCAUCUCCACAGUGGAACUCUGGAGCUCUGUCAGAGUGACCAUCGGGUUCUUGGUCACCUCCCUGACCAAGGCCCUUCUCCCCUGAUUGCUCAGUUUGGCCGGGUGGCCAGCUCUAGGAAGAGUCUUGGUGGUUCCAAACUUCUUCCAUUUAAGAAUGAUGGAGGCCACUGUGUUCUUGGUGACCUUCAAUGCUGCAGCAAUGUUUUGGUACCCUUCCCCAGAUCUGUGCCUCGACAUAAUCCUGUCUCUGUGGUCUUUCGACCUCAUGGCUUGGUUUUUGCUCUGACAUGCACUGUCAACUGUGGGUCCUUAUAUAGACAGGCGUGUGCCUUUCCAAAUAGUGUCCAAUCAAUUGAAUUUACCACAGGUGGACUCCAAUCAAGUUGUAGAAACAUCUCAAGGAUGAUCAAUGGAAACAGGAUGCACCUGAGCUCAAUUUCGAGUCUCAUAGUAAAGGGUCUGAAUACUUAUGUAAAUAAAAAAUUCAAUCAAUUUCAGAAUAAGGCUGUAACGUAACAAAAUGUGGAAAAAGUAAAGGGGUCUGAAUACUUUCCGAAUGCACUGUAUGUUGUUAAAGUUGGUAGAAUCUUGUAAAAAAAUGACUCACAGCUGUAAUGGCUGCCAAAGGUGCUUCCACCAAGUAUUACAGUUUUUGCCUAUUGCUUACACACUUUUUGCAGAAUUUGGCUCAUUAUGUCAAAACUCAACACACAAGCCAAUCAGACAUAGCACUUGGAGAUUAACAACUCACAUAUAUGCCAAAAUGAAACACUGCAAUCAAAACUUAACACUCCUUUCUAAAAAUGAAAUUCUUGCAACAAAACCAUACACACAAGCAACAUUUGAAUUACUCUUUCAUAUCACCAGCAACACACUGAUGGGCUUUAUAUAAAACACUGCAGUCUUUGUGUUUCUAUUUUUAUUGUCAUUGUCUUCUGUAAAACUCAAAAGUAGAAUUUCUGCAGUAAUCAAACAGUAUUUACAAAAAAGUUUUUACAAAAAAACGAACAUUCUUACAGACAUUUUUAACAUCAAAUUUAGCAACAAAACAAAAGUAAAAAAACAAGACAAUUACUGGAUAAAUUGCUAUUGGGGGAAAAAACAUAUACUUGUUUUGUGUGUGUGUGCGUGUGUGUGUGCGUGUGUGUGGUGGGGGGCGGGGGGGCUUAUGGAUCACGCCUUCUGUUCGGAUCUGGCCACAAGACCUCGUCAACAUCACAGGCGAUGUCCUCACGGGCUAGGCAUCGGGGAAAAUAUCGCCUUGUGUGCCGAAUCCACCCUUGGAUUGAUCCCACUUCAAUGUCUCCACAUGCCUCUUCCAUUGCUUGCAGAAGAGUCAUGCGGGCAUGUGGUUGCCGAUCAUAUACUUUCCACCGCCACGCUGAAAAGAAUUCCUCGAUUGCAUUUAGAAAGGGGCUGUAAGGGGGCAGGUAUAAAACUGUGAAAUUAUUAUGGUUGUUGAACCAAUCUCGGACCAGAGCAGCCCGGUGAAAACUAACAUUAUCCCAGAUGACAACAAACCUGGGCUGCUGUGGUCUGUCCUGCACAACUGCAUGUAGUGCAUCUAGAAAUGCAAUGACCUUUCCUGUAUUGUAGGGACCUAGAGUGGCAUGAUCCUUGGACACUAAUUGCAGCACACAAGGUGAUAUUUCCCCCACGCUGCCCAGGGACAUUUACAACAGCCCUUUGUCCAACUACAUUACGGCCCCGACGCCUGGUUUUGGCCAGAUUGAAGCCUGCCUCAUCCACGUAGAUGAACUCAUGCGGCAGUUCGGCGGCAUCAAACUCCAGAACUGUCUGUAACAGAAAAUAUUGAAUAGUGUUACUGAAAACACAUACAGUAACUACAAUGUCUAUAUUUUCACACAAGUAGGGGCUGGGUUGGGUGAGUAUAGACAAAAACCACAAGCUACAGGCAGGGCAGGUGGCAGCAUAAACCCUCAUUCCCACAUCACAAUAUAUAGUAUGUAAAGUAAAGUGACACAUACCUGCACAUAAUCAUGGCGCAGAUCCUUGACCCUGACACUGUUCCUCUCAAAUGACACCCAGUACAGCUGCUUCAUUCUGAAGUUAUGUUUCUGUAGGAUGCGACUUAGUGUAGAAAUGCUGACCCUGUUGAUAUUGUUGAAUUCAUUUCCAUUUGCAAUUAUGCGUUGUUGCAACUCACGAAGUCAGAUUGCAUUAUUUUCUCGCACCAUUUCAAUGAUGGCAAGCUCUUGUUGUUGAGUGAAGAGCCGUUCCCUUCCACCUUGAGGAGGUCGUCCAACCAUUCUGUAGAAAAUGCCACCACAAGAUGUCAUUGGUUAGGUUAUUUUUCACAUACUGUACUUUCAAACUGUACACAGUACUGCAACAUCACAAUGGUAUUCCUUUACAUAUACAGUACUUCACAGCACUACCCAUUUUUGUAUAGUAUAGUUAGUACAGUAAUACUGUAAUAUGAUACAGAAUCAUGUGACACACACAGUAGGUACAGUCUGGAGUAGAAACUUGAAGAUAUACCUGUUCUCCAGUCGGAAUGUCCUUAUUAUCGAUGCUACUGUGUAGUGACUGAGGUUAGGGUGGACUCUUUGCCCAGCCUCCCUCAUGGACAGGCCAUGAUUUAUCACAUGGUACACCAGAGUAGCCCUGAUGUCAUCUGAUAUACGUCUCCGCACUGGUCCUCGUCCUCUUCCACAUCCUCUUCCACAUCCGACUCCUCUCUCUCUUUGUCCUCCUCUUACUCUGACUCUCAUUGCCUCCAUGCUUGCAAAGUUCUAAAAAUGGCUUACCUGAGGCCUAUUUGUAGUGCUAAGGCUCAGACUGAUUGGUGUUCUGUUUUCUGUGCAAGUGUUUUCAGGUGUGUAUGUAAGUGCAUACAAUUGCCAGAUGAGUUUUGCAUUUUGAACAGAGUGUUUUCCCAAUGAUAACAGGUGAUUUUGUUUUUGAACAAAGUGUCUAAUGUAAGAAAACGUGUGUAGUGUUUCGCAAUAAGUGUGUUACAGAAUUGCAAACAAAGUGCAAAGUUGACAUUGUGUUUAAGCUAUGGUUACACUGUGUUUAAGGUAUGCUACAAGAAGUUUAGGUAUUGAGGCUUUGGUCUAAGCAUUCGGUUUUAGUGUGUAAGCAAUGGGCAAAAACUGUAACUCUGGGGUGUGAAGACAUACGCAAUCGAGACAUCUUCUUUUUUAUAAAUGUUUUUUUAAUUUAGAGCAUUUUCAAUAAUUUUUCUAUCACUUUGAAAAUGUUGAGUAGGUUGUGUAGAUCGGUAAGAAGAAAAUCUAAUUUAUUUCCUUUUGAGAUUUAACGCAGCAAAAUCUGAAGACUGUGCAAGGGGUGUGUAGACUUUCACUAGCGGCUGUAUAUGUUUCUGGGUCUAAGGUACUUACUACAACCUGAAGAAAAUGUGAUGCGGUCCAAUCUGAAUGAGAUUUAUUAAGCCUUUCCUGUUCCUGUAUACACCUACAGACAAUACCAUAGACCUGUACUCAAUUAGUGUGUGUUUGUGUGUGUGCGUGUGUGUGUGUGUGCAUCCGUGUGUGUGUGUGUGUGUGUCCGUGUGUGUGUGUGUGUGCGUCCAUGUGUGUGUGUGUGUGUGUGUCCGUGUGUGUGUGUGUGUGUGUGCGUCUGUGUGUGUGUGUGUGUGUGUGUGUGUGUGUGUGUGUGUGUGUGUGUGUGUGUGUGUGUGUGUGUGUGUGUGUGUGUGUGUCAGGAUCCUGGAGCUGCAGCAGAACGGGGACAUGGACAUCCUGAAACUGAAAUGGUGGCCCCGGGACAGCCCAUGUGACCUGUACUCAGCGGUGCACACCAAACACCGCGGCAGCGCCCUGGACAUCCACAGCUUCGCCGGCGUGUUCUGCGUGCUUGCGGCCGGCGUGGUGCUCUCCUGUCUCAUCGCCAUGGUGGAGACCUGGUGGACUAGGAGGAAGGGCUCACGAGUCCCCUCCAAGGAGGUGAGGAGCUGGGGGAGGCCGGGUGGUUGUGGGGGCUGGGUCUGGAGGUCUGGGUAACACUUGACUUGAACCCUCUGUUUUACUUCUGUGGCUGUAUGUCAUGUCUACUGUACAUGGUGUCAGUGUCAUGAUGUUACAGAUGUUUGUACGUUGUCAGGAGAGCUCUCGUUUACCUUUUAAACUGUCAGUCAAGUGUCUGUCCCUUGCUGUGGUGUCCAAGCUAUCCACGGCCAGCUGGUUGGACGGAUAAUAAACAAAUGUCUCAUUUGGUGUUUGAUAAGAUUUCGUACACAGUGAAACUCUGGCACACUCCUGUGUUUUUUCCCUCUUUGCCACUGGAACUACAUAAGGUGUGAGAACAAACCUAUUUUCAGAAGAUAUCAUCAACUUAACUGAUAUCUGUUGCUGGGACUGCACAUGAAAUAGGACACGUCCCAAAUGGCACCCUAUUCCCAUAUAGUGCACUACUUUUGACCUGGACACAUAGGGUGUCCCAUAGGACACUGUUCAAAAGUAGUGCACUAUAUAGGGAAUAGGGUGUCAUUUGGGAUGCAAACAAACGGUAGUAUAUGAUUUCCUCAAGGCCCUCAAAUAAUGAUCAUUCUGUGCAGAAACCCCAAUUUCGACAGGUUCACUGGGCUAAAGAUGGACCAGCCCAUCUGACAUUUGCCCGAACUGCCUUUUGGCCAGUCCGAUUCUGAACAGAGAAAUAAAUGUAGACUCUCAGAAACAUCUGAAGUGCCAUAGAGUUGGAGACGAAGGCCUACCAGCUUAAAACAGAAACUUACUUAAUGUUAAAGGCCUGUAUUCAAUUCAGAUGUCCCUGAACAUUUGACUGCUCACACAAGGUACAGCCAUACAUAACACAUCCAUAAUUGCCCUUUCCUAUAUCUCUCUUUCUGUCAUAUAUCUUAUUCCACUUGUGCCCAUAAUGAGCAGGUAGGCAUAGCCAAGGUGUUUUGAUCACUUCUAGACCCGAGCAAAGUGGUUAUGGAAAUGGCCCAGCGUUUCAAAGACUGUGAAAUUCUACACAGUAAAGCUGAUAUGAAAUGUACUAAUGAGCUAAGAGCAAUGCAGUUAUGGAAAAUACAUAUUAUCACGCCCAGUUUAGUGUUAAUUAGUCAUGUAUUAGUUACAAUCACAAAUUAAAUCAUGCCAUGGAGUGGCACUGAAUUAGGAUAAUGUUAUAGCAAAUACAUUUUAUAAAUAUAGCUGUGAGCAGCAAUGAACAGGGUUCACAGAUUGACAGAAAGGACACAAGAUCAGUUGGAAAACAAAGCAAGCACUCUGUCAUGUAGGAACUAUCUUUAUUUAUGUGCAAUCAGUGAAAGCAUUACCAUGUUGAUUUAAAUCUCAGUUGGUACGCUCCACAUUAGCGUUCCAAAAUACUUCAAUACGCUCUCACAGCUGUAAUACGCUGGCUGUGCAAGCCGCAGGACUUUCGGUUUCUCAUUUUACCGAAUAAAAUAGCCACUUUUCACUACGUUCAGACCACAUAAUAGGACAACAGUGUGAAUAUGACCCCUACACUUCACCCUGCCACAUUGUUCGCCUGCAUAAUUUAAAUCUAACAUUCAUUUGCAUGACAGAAAGUCCACUUGAUCAAUAGUUAUUGCUCUAGUAUCCUAUGGUGCCACUGGUGCCAAUGACAUCUAUAGUGCCACCAACUGGUCUGGUGAAGCCAUCUAAGGUUGAAGUGACUUUAUAUUCACACAGCUUCUAAGGACGUACUGUAUACAUAAGGUUUACAUAACACAUGUAAUUGUCCCAUGUCCAUCGGCUCAGUUCUAGUAGCCAGUUGUUGUUACCCAUGGUGUAAUAAUCUAACCCGCUGGCUCCUGAAGCCACCAUGAGCUCCCGAGUCUAGAAGCAGUCUAGUUUACACGUUAGCUAGCGUCGUGAAUUAGCAUUUCGCUAGCUAACUGAGUUGUUUUACAAGAAAACGAGAUGACUCAAACCCUGUAGCUAGCUAGCAAGCCCUCCUCCGUGACAAUGUUAUUGAGGCGCGGGUAUGUUAGAUUUGACAUUUAAUUUAAAGUUAAAAGUCAUUCAAGUUGGUGGUUACUACUGGUUUCAGAUCCAAGGCGAGCGAAACUCUCCGCCAUGUUUUUUGUUUUGGUAAGGACUCGGAGUGACGUCACGCACCCAAGAAGCCUCAACCAAUCACCGGAUGAAUAUUAAUUGCCAUGUCCGCUGUGAACACCUAAUAAAGUAAAGUCAAUAAUAAUAAUAUAAUAAUAAUAAUAAUAAUAAUAAUAAUAAUAAUAAUAAUAAUAAUAAUAUGCCAUUUAGCAGACGCUUUUAUCAAUCUUAGAAUGGGGGUCAGUUUACCACUAAGAUAAUGGUUUUACUCCACUGAAAUAUAUUUUUUAAAUUUCCCAUGUUGAGAGUAAUUUAUCAAAUCCAUUACGUUGUAGCAGUGGGCUAGUGGUCAGAAUUGGCCCUAAUAGGUUAGUUAACGUUAUCUGAUUGAAAGCAAUCUGACAAGUAUGAAAAGCUAUUAGUUAUGAGUUAGUCAUGCAGAGAUCCUCUCAACCUAUCAAGUCACAACCAACCAUGCAGACACCAUCAUAAACACCACUAUCAAUAUGAUCCACACACCACCCUCUUCCAUCUCCUCUCCUCUCCUCUCCUCUCCUCUCCUCUCCUCUCCUCUCCUCUCCUCUCCUCUCCUCUCCUCUCCUCUCCUCUCCUCUCCUCUCCUCUCCUCUCCUCUCCUCUCCUCUUGUUUCCCCUCCCCUCCUCUCCCCUCUUCUCCACUCCCCUCCUCUAAUUUCCUCUCCUCUCUCUCUCCCUCCACUCCCCUUCCCCUCUCAGCUGGUGUCUGUGUGUUGUGUUCUGACUGUGUCCUGACAUCAGAGCCAUGCCACAGGAAGCUGCGUGCUCAACAGAAUGGCUGUUUAAUCUCUUCAGCUUGACAAUAAUGAAGGCUUUUGAUCAGGGGAGCGAGGCCUGUGUUGUCUCAGCUCUGUUCCCCAUCAUAGCACCCACCCUGGCCCUGUAUCCCCUACUCACGACCCUCUGCACUCACAGCAGCUUUAAUGUGUCAGAUUGACCAGUGAGCCUGUCUGCCAGUGGUCCUGGGCAAAGAAGCCCAGCGGGCACCGCGCCAUCUUUAUUAACCUUCAAUACAGGGACCAUGACUGACCAGUGUGUCUAUUACUGGGGUUCAAGGUCUUUGCAAUGGACAGCGUUGAGAAAUCAAUGUGAUUAGCAACUCACUUCAUUUAGCACUCAAAUAGUCCUAUCAGAAUUGACAUUUACUUUGGUUAGGUACUUCAUGGAUAUUGGUUGCACUGUAAAAGAAAAUUAAAAUUAAAAAAUUAAAGAAUCAACAUUUACAUUACAUUUUAGUCAUCUUAUCCAGAGCGACUUACAGUUAGUGAGUGCAUACAUUAUAUUUUUUUUAUACUGGCCCCCCGUGGGAAUCAACCCACAACCCUGGCAUUGCAAACCCCAUGCUCUACCUACCCUGGACAACACUGGGCCAAUUGUGCACCGCCCCAUGGGUCUCCCGGUUGCGGCCGGCUACAACAGAGCCUGGAUUCGAACCAGGAUCUCUAGUGGCACAGCAAUGCAGUGCCUUAGACCACUGCGCCACUCAGGAGAGUAUCAACUGAGUUUAAAGCUGGAAGUUCGUAGUGAUCUGUUGCGAGCCCUCACCUUCUUUUGAAUAUUGAACUGAUUUGGAAUCUAAUUCAUAUAGAACUGAAUAUUGAGUGCUGCAUUAAAUGUCUAACAUUAUACCAUCUAUGGAAUCCAAGGGUUUCAGCAGUGGCCCAAUGCUGCCCUGGUGAAGGCAGUGAGGACCCCUACACUUCACCCUGCCUAUGGCCCAUGGCAAUGCUUGUGACCGUGGUAUCGUGGUUACAGUCAGCAGGGUGGUGGUGGUGAGGUCACAUCCUGCUGGGCCCAGUGCAGUGUGUCAGAGUGACCCAGUGUGUCUGUAGGGAAGAGGAUAUGACUAGGAGCACUACUGCCUUUAAAAAAAAAACAUUUUUAGUCAUUUAGCAGACGCUCUUAUCCAGAGCGACUUACAGUUAGUGAGUGCGUACAUUUUUAUUUUUUUCAUACUGGUCCCCCAUGGGAAUCGAACCCACAAUGCUGGCGUUGCAAGCACCGUGCUCUAACAACUGAGCUACAGGGGACUACGACACUAAGAGCAGGCCUGGGGUCAGUAGUACUGUACUCCUUAAUAUAGCUCCUUAAUAUAGGCUGUGUCCUAAAUAGCACCCUAUUUCCUUUAUAGUGCACUAAACCCAUAGUGCUCUGGUCAAAAGUAGUGCACUAUGUAAGGAACAGGUUGCCAUUUGGGAUGCAGGCAUAGUAUACAUGCUCCCUAGCUCUCUCACACAGACAAAGAAAAGCGUAAAACGUGCAUACAAGCAUACACACACCAACAACAAAUGAGGGAUGUCACAGCUGCUAUCAGUAUUAUGAUAUCAAUCACGUUUGGCUUGUCGCAAUUAAGCUAGUGCUCAGCUUUGAGGGGAAAUAAUCCAACCUGCUCUCAAGAAGUCAAAUGUACUUUGUCCCCUUUGUUGCCUAUUUUGCAUAAUGCCUCAAUGAUUUCCAAUCCUUCUUCUCCUUUUCCUUCAUCUUUCACAAUCAGAAAAAGGAGUCACUUAAAUAUCCAACAAUAAUAAUAAUCAUAAUAAUUUAUUAUUACUCUCUAUGGGAACACACACACACACACAUACACACACAAUCCUACAUGUUUCAUUUGCACCUGUCCUCUUUCACACGGUCCACACACACAGUCGACACAGACACACAGCUCCCACUGAGCUCCAACCCAAAGCCACGUUAGCUGCCUGGGGACGAGUUGUGUUUGUGUCUCUGUCUUCCUCCUGGUACAUACUGUACAUCCCAAUAUUCUAGAGGCCUGUCCCUGUUGAGGCCUCUGUUUCUAUGUGAUCACUGUCAGUGUUUCUGUGUUGCAUAUCUGUGUUGUGUUGUGUGAUGUGUUGUGCUUUGUAAUGAUUAACACUGUGAUGAGCCCUCCAUGUGAUCAAUAGAGUUCAGUAGAGUUCAGUAGAGUUCAAUAGAGUUCAGUGGAGUUCAGUGGAGUUCAGUAGAGUUCAGUGGAGUUCAAUAGAGUUCAGUAGAGUUCAGUAGAGUUCAAUAGAGUUCAGUAGAGUUCAGUAGAGUUCAAUAGAGUUCAGUAGAGUUCAGUAGAGUUCAAUAGAGUUCAGUAGAGUUCAGUAGAGUUCAAUAGAGUUAGUCCUCUACUACUGGUCAUGCAUGAACACUACCCUCCAAGCAGAUAUAAGAUUUGGGUAUUGGGGGUCUCUUAAAUGAAAACAUUUCAAUGCUUCAGUGUUGCAGGAUUAAUUUCCAACCCAAUCGGAUUGCCAGAUGCAUUUGGACAUGUCCAGCAGAUACAAUAGUUAACGUCAAUGUGGGGAGAGGUGCCUUGUCCAUAGGUAUAACAGUAGUGUAGACUACACACAAUAUGGCUCACUGUGGCUUUGAACCAGUUUAGUUAGUUUAUUAGGAUCCCAAGUAUCUGUUGCUCAUGCAGCAGCUACUCUUUCUGAGGUCCACAGAAAACAUAAAAUACUUGACACAGUACACAACAGUUAUAGAAUAACACAAAGGCAAUACUCCAUUAAAUCCUUAUACGCUGGUCACCAAUGCAUCUCCUUUGCUGCUACAUUGCACGACUGUGCUUUUGUGGCUUUAUACAUGUACCACAGAUGUUGAUGUUACUUGGGGACAUUUGGGUGGUGGGUGGUGGAUCUGUCUGGCUUUACGGGAGGGUGGCUAUAGGGGGACACUACACACAAUGGACACUACACACAAUGGACACUACACACAAUGGACACUACACACAAUGGACAGCCACUCUGUUGAUGAUGCUGAACACAAGAUGUUUGAUCAUGUUUGAUUUACUGUCCCUGCUGGCUGAAAGCUUUCAUUCCCUUGUUGUUUUGUUUUGUAGAUAAGUACUCUGUGUUGAGGGUAAAGCGGGCGAGGGAGAGCAAUACAAAAUGCCAUUUAUACAUCUCACCCUUCCAGGUAUAUCUUCGAAGGCUCCUCCUCGAACAUUAAGAAAAAAAAACACUGAGUCUGUGUGUGUGUGUGUGUGUGUGUGUGUGUGUGUGCUGACUGCGCUGUUUUUUCUGCUCACCCUGGCCUCCCAAAAAAUCCCUCCUUCACCCUCCCAUCUGCCUGCUCUCAUCCUCUGUCUGUCCGUCCGUCCGUGUAUCUGUCCAUCUGUCUGUCUUGUCUGUCCCUCUCUCUCUCUGACCUACGCACAAACACAAACACACACACAGGCCGAUGGCACUUCCGCCAGGCAAGCUGAACCAUGCUGCCACCAACAUGACACCCCCAAUGACAUCCCCCUCACCACUCUCAGGACCGCCCCCUCCCCCCAUUACCCCAAGUCACCCGCAUGCUGUGACAUCCCAUGUGCCUUGAUCGUCCAGCACACGUUCGAACCCAACGACGACCCUUCCCAACUCACCCCCAAAAUGAGAAUGACAACUUUUACUGCCUCUCCUCCCACCUCCAGGUUAUACCCAUGACAGGGCCUUUAAGCAUGAGCCCAUACGAAGAGUCUUGUUAGAGCAAAUCCCGAAACAUUCAGUUGUCGAAUACAACUCAGAUUGUCAUAUUUCUUGUUUUAUGAUGACAAAAAAACUAUGGCAUUGAUGACAUUUCUAGUCACAGGCACUGCCUGUCGAUAAAUGAACUACGACGCCUUCCCUCCACUAGAGGGCUUGCAGCAUGCUCUUUCUGACCAGGGCAGAAUAGGGUUUAGUGUGCAGUCAUGUAAUGAGCUAUGAUGCCUUCCCUCCACUAGAGUGCUUGUAGCGGGUUAACAGGUGCAUGUUUGGCUAAGGCCUACAGUAUGGAUCUGUACAGUCCAAUUCAAAUGAAUGAAGGUGUAGCCACUCAAACAUGAACGAAUUCUCCCCAAAAAUGAGCCCUUCACAUCGGUCUGAUUGAAACAGAGGCCAAUCUCUUAGAGUACUUAAAUGUAUUAACUCUGUUUUAUAUUCAGCUUUGUGUGUUAGCAAAGUGCUGCUACACAGAACCCUCUGCAGGUGAACCAACAGCAGGCUGUUCCUCUUGUCGUACGACAGUUACCCAUAAGGUAACCUGGCUCUCGCAGUCAACAAACUGACUGUUCUCUCUCACCACCCCCUCCCUCGUUCCUAUACUUUCAAACCCUCCCUCCUUAGUCCAUCCCCCCUCCCUCCCGGGUUUGUGGCGUGACUAGGUCCCCACAAACAGCACCUCCUCCUGCCCCCUCCCCUUCUAAGAUGAAGAGGGUAACCGUGGUCCCCUCUGCCCCCCCAUCGCAGCCGGGGCAAGACCCCCCUCCACGCCACAUGGUCAGUAGCUGUCUGUGACUCUGUCCAUACCCCUCACCGGGGAUGCUCUCUCUCAAAAUAGAGGAAGGCUGUGUGUUCCCCACCUCCACCCCACAGUACCCACUCCCCGUACCCCCGUACCCUCACAAUGGACACAAUCAUCUCACAAGCUGAGCCACUUUCCUCUCAGCACAAGCAUGAGACACCACUCUCUAAGUGUGACCAUCCCAAAGAUGUUGACCAAUCAUUUUUAUUUGGAUGUAGUAGUGCUAUUUAUAUGUCUGUAUCAACUAUUUUUUGACAAAUACAUUUUUUGUUCAAUAUAAAUAUCUGGGGGAAAUGGGUAAACCCCUUUCCGCUCUAAAAAAAAGUAUCUCGAUUUACAAAACAGAUCAUUGAAUAAAUGUAGCUAGCUUGAACUAUUGUCAGAUACAACCAUACAUCGUCAUUAUACAACCAUACAUCCUCAUUAUAUAACCAUACCAUCCUCAUUAUACAACCAUACCAUCCUCAUUAUACAACCAUACCAUCCUCAUUAUACAACCAUACCAUCCUCAUUAUACAACCAUACCAUCCUCAUUAUACAACCAUACCAUCCUCAUUAUACAACCAUACCAUCCUCAUUAUACAACCAUACCAUCCUCAUUAUACAACCAUACCAUCCUCAUUAUACAACCAUACCAUCCUCAUUAUACAACCAUACCAUCCUCAUUAUACAACCAUACCAUCCUCCUUGACACUCCUUUUUCCUUUGGCCAUGCAAUCUCCCCUCUUCUCUCACCUCACCGUUCGUUCACUCCACUGUGCCUUCCCCCAUCCUCCUUUCUCCUCUCCUCCUUUAACAACCACUCCUUUUUCCUCUCCCUCCUCCUCCCCUCCUCCUCCUCUUCCUCCUCCUCCACCUUUAUCCUCACUCUCCUUUGACCCCAUGUCCUCCGCCUCCUCUCUCUCUUUUCUCCCUUGACCCCCCCCCUAACAACCCACCCCCUUACACCACUCCUUUGACCCCAUUCCUCUCCUCUUCUCUCUUUUCUCUCCUUUGCCCCCCCCCCCCUACAACCAUCUUUUUCCUCCCUCCUCCUCCUUCCUCCUCCUCUUCCUCCUCCUCCACUUUUCGCACUCUCCUUUGACCCCAUGUCCUCCGCCCCUCUCUCUCUUUUCUCUCCUUUGACCCCCCCCCCCCCCCCCCCCCCUGCAGGACGAUAAGGAGAUCGACCUGGAGCACCUUCACCGCCGGGUUAACAGCCUGUGCACGGAGGACGACAGUCCCCACAAGCAGUUCUCCACCUCCUCUAUUGACCUGACGCCCCUUGACAUGGAUUCUAUGCCGGCUGCCCGGCAGGCCCUGGAGCAGAUCAGCGACUUCCGUAACACGCACAUCACAACCACCACUUUCAUCCCAGAGCAGAUCCAGACCCUCAGCCGCAGCCUGUCCACCAAGGCCCAACAGGGCUUCGCCUUCGGUCCCGUGCAGGACCACCGGACUGGGGGGACCUUCAGACAGAGAGCCCCCAACGGUGGCUUCUUCCGCAGCCCCAUCAAGACUAUGUCCUCCAUACCCUACCAGCCUACUCCCCAGCCCAACUUCAGCUACGGCAACGAUCCCGAUCGGGGUACGUCCAUAUGA